UAAUAAACCGCGACAACGACAUUAUGUAAUUAUCUAUGCAUACAACGAGAUAAAAACUACCUCGUUCCUUUCUCAGUCGAGUCACGCAGAUAUCCAGCGGUUUUUCAGUAUAUCGCACAAUGUUGUGAUUUGACCAAGCAUUUCGUGUGUCGGUCGGUCGGUUCGCAUUUCGCGCUGUUUCCCUAAAACAGGGGACGCUGCCUACGCACAUAUACGCGUAUCGAGCUUCAAAAGCCAGUGAUUACUCGAGUGACUGGACAGUAUGGCAGUCGUCUGCCCUUAAUCUGACACUUUGUGACGCGUGCGUAAAGUUUCGUGCGGCCUCGCGUGUGCAGGAACGGUUCAAGGAUGAUUCCACAGUUGAACGUAGUCGCGACGCGUCAGUGAAGAAUGAACUCUCGGCACGUUGCGUUUUUACUCCCUUCCCUUUAACGUUGCUCCGGCGGCCACGGGAUCGCCGCGAAUAUUGACAUUGACAGGUGGUGGUUGUCACAUCUUGCGAUCGUCCCAAUUAGAGGUUAUCGCGUCAUGUUCGCAACGCUGAAAAAUAAAAUACGAGAGGAAAUAGGGAGUGACGUGUCAACUGUCGUUAGAAACGCCGGCAAUGUGCGCGGCAUCAACUCGAGGCAUAUGUCUCAGACGGGAUCUACAAGUAGCAUCAGUGGAUCUCAGAUUUCGCUGGAUGGUUCACGCGAAGAAAACACAGCCUCUCCUUCUCCACCUGUCUCUUUGAAAAAGGAUAAUAACUCUGAUCUUAAGUUAAGUGACAAUAUGCAACUUUCGGCUAAAGACGUGAAAAGACUCGAAAGCAGAGAAGAUGAAUGGCGAAAAAGGUUGGCGAAGAAAGAAGCAGAAUUGAUCAAACGAAUGGAAAAGAAAGAGGAGGAGUGGAAGGUAAAGCUCGUCGAAAAGGAGAAAGAAUGGAGGAAAGUAGUUGAAAAACAGGAGAAAGAUAAGAGCAAGUUGGAAGAGGAAUUAAGAGAUGUACAAAGUACCAAACAUUCGUUGGAAUUGGCCCUUAAAGAUGCAGAAGAAUAUAAGAAAAAAUUAUAUAGCUUUCAAGAAGAUGCGGAACAACUAGAAGGUUUCCAAACUCAAGAAAUGGCAAAAAUAAAACAUCUAUUACUGGCAAAAGAGCAAGAGGUAGAGGAAAAAACGCAUCAUUUAAAAGCGGCCAUUGCAGAAAUUGACAAUUUAAAAAGUGAAGUCUCUCGUCUUAGAAGAUACGAAGAUGAAUUAAACAAUGUACAGGAUGAAAUGGAAACACUGCGUCAUUCAACUCAGCGUGAGAGAGCUCAGCUGUCCUGUCAACUGGCGCAAACUGAAGAGGAAGUACGCCACCUAAAGGAUAAAGUUUUUGUGUUAGAGCAAAGAAUUGCAUUAGAGAGCAACGAUCAAGUGACAGUGGACGAAAGGGUAGCCGACCUUAUGAGAGAGAGAGCGUUGUUAGAAAGAAAAUUAGAAGAAGCUCAUCUUCAUUUAUCCGAUAUAAAGACCAGUUGGUCGGGGAAAAUAUCCAGCUUGGAGACGCAAGUUGGAAGACUUAGUAGACAGGCUGGUGAAGAGGGUUUGGAAAGGAGACGAGUUGAAGAGGAAAGCGAAAAACUAAAGCAAAGGAUUAAGCAGCUAGAAGCUGAAAUAGAGGUGAACAAUGUUGUCAUGGCGACGAAAGACGCCAAGCUUUUGCGCAUGGCAGAGGACAUCGACGAGAUGGCCACGGAACUAAAAGAGCUCCGGGCCAGCGUCGAUGAUGAGGUGGACGAAUUUAAACGACAAAUUGAAUCGUCGUCGAAGCAAAUAACUCGGCUGAAGCAAAACCUGGAAGAAGCGACGGCGAAACUGUCGACUGCAACUUCAGAACUGGCUCACGUUCGUCUGGCCCUGGAGGGUGAACGAAUGAAUAAUUCCUCGUUGCAUUUGGAAGUAGCGCGUUUGAGGGAAGAUCUGGAAUCCGAGAGGACAGCGUCGGCAACGUUGAAAGUGUGCCUGGACAAAGAGAAAACUGAGAAGGACACCGCGCUGUUGAGAAACGCUCAAGUGUCCCAGGACAUAGAAAUGGUAAAGCAGGAGAACCGCCGACACGAAGGUGAGAACAUUGAACUGCAAGGUAGAGUGGAAACUUUAGAGCACGAUCUGCAGUGUAAAAGUAAAGAGAUAGAGCAAACGAUGACGAUGCUGGAAGAAAAUAAACAGAGAAUAUUGGAGUUGGAGGAAGUGGAACAAAAUAGAAAGAAAACGGAGAGAAGCGAGAAGCUGCUAAAAACCAGUUUAAUGGACUUGGAGGAGCAGCUGAAUGAAAAGACUAAGACAAUCAAGGUGUUACAGCAACGACUGACUGAUAUGAAAAAGACCCUUCAACGCGAGUUGAGAAUCCCGUCCUCGUCAUUGGACAGCGAUGCCGAGCCUUCCGCAGCGAUUCUCAAGCCCAGUUCGUCGAAAACGGUCACUGCCAGGCACAAUAGCACAAGAGACGACGAUGUUAACUUUAAAUACCUUAAGCACGUUCUUAUAAAGUUCCUAACAAGUAGGGAAUAUGAGGCUCUUCAUUUAACGAGAGCAGUAGCUACUCUUUUGCAUUUUUCACCCGAGGAAGAGCGGUUGUUACAAGAAACCUUAGAGUGGAAAAUGUCAUGGUUUGGCACACGGCCUAAUUUAGGUUUUGGACAGACUGCCAAAGCUAUACCGCCUAGCUGAUAGCUGAAACAAAUUCCCUUUCCUGUAGGUAUCAUAAAAAUGGCCACUGAUUCGUGGAUAAAGUCGAAAAAUUGGGUCACGUCGGUGAUCAAUCGCAAAUGAUUAUAAACAAAAGAUUAGGAGAAGAAACAGAUGGAAAAUGUUUAUAAGCUAGAAAUUUCAUAAAUUUUGUAAAAUAUUUAGCAUUUAUAUCACGUGUAUAAUUUACUAAAAACGCGUGGACAAAACAUUGACUGUAGUUAGCUUUAAAAACGCCCAGUUAAAUACGUAGGUAAACCGAAUGUUACUUAGGUAAAUUUGUAAGUCGGAUGUAAAAGAGUUUUCGUCACACACUAACAUUAUGACAGACGAAUUAGCAAAAAUAUCUAACUAUGUGCAACGUAUAAUAUCAUCUUUUUCAUAUACAAAUGGUAGAAUAUACAUACAAUGCUCAUUCUGCAAUAUUAUAACAAAAAUUGUAAUCAAGUAUCAUUUCUAUAUACGAAAAUAUGACGUGAAAUACUUUGUUAUAAAGUUCAAUAUUACUUUUAUCAUUCUUUGGUAUAUAUAAAUUUUGGAUAUAAAAUAAUUUUUGCAUAUAAAAAUUAUGUAUACCAUAUUGUCAUAUUUAUUCCACGUUUAAUGAGUAUAACUUUUAAAAAACGUGAAAUGGUUAUAUGACGUGAACAAUUUAGCAUUCACUUUAAGAAAGCCUCGAGACUUGGCUGCAAGUCGAUUAUAAAUAUUAGAAAAAAACCUAUCUCAUUAUCGCUGAUAUCGAAGCUAUGUAUAAUUGCCAUAAUUAUUAUUUGUGAUAUGGACAUUGCAAUAGUAUCAUGUUCAUGGUUGUAAAUAUUACUACGAUGACGUUUCUAUAGGCAUUAUUAAAGUCAGGUGAAUUUAUAAUAAAA